AUGGAGGCAUCUCCCAGCGAUUCCGUCAUGAAGAUGGAAGACAAGCAUCAGGAUCGCACUGAUCAGUGGGAUCUCGACCAGCCUCUGCCCGCGCGCAAAAGCUCCGGCGUGCUGAAUGUCGUAAUUUCAGGCAUUGCGCUUUUCAGUGAUGGAUACAAUGCGCAAAUAAUUGGAUAUAUGGAACCACUCUUCUCCGUGCUGUACAAGGAUGGAAUGUCUUCCACUAUGAAGGCCCGACUGUCGAAUUCCUAUCUGAUUGGAGAGAUCUUUGGCAUGCUCUUUUUUGGUGUUUUGAUCGAUCGUAUUGGGCGUCGCACUGGUAUCAUUACGACUACAGCCUUUUUGAUCCUCGGUAUCGUGCUAGCUACGGCCGCCCAUGGAAAUUCGCAGCUAGGGAUGUUCUGGAUGAUGGUUGUUGCACGAGGUAUUGCCGGCUUUGGCGCAGGAGGUGAAUACCCUGUCUGUGCGACCAGUGCCACCGAGGCUGCCGAUGAGACGAUUCAACUACGUCAACGCCGGGGAUUUCUGGUUGCUGUUACUACAGACUUUGCUGUGGAUCUGGGAUUUGUUGCCGCUGGACUGGUUGCCAUGAUUAUUCUCGCUUGUUACCACCAGCAGAACUCGGAAGGCGUGUGGAGAGUUUGCUUUGGCCUCGGAAUUGUGCUACCCCUCUCUAUUUGCUUUUUCCGUGUCCGCAUGGUCAAUUCUACCCAAUACCAAAAUCAUGCCAUAAAAUCCAACUACCCUUACUGGCUGGUUAUUCGCCGGUACUGGAAGCCCAUGCUUGGUACUUCAUUGGCCUGGUUCUGCUAUGAUUUUGUGACCUAUCCAUUUGGCCUUUUCUCCUCCACUAUCAUCGAGCAGCUCAACCCCAACAACACAACUGUUCAAAAUAUCGGAUAUGGUACUGUGAUCAACUGCUUCUAUCUCCCUGGUUGCCUCCUGGGUGGGUAUCUGAUGGAUAAAAUCGGCCGUAAGCAAAAUAUGACCUUGGGAUUUAUCCUCUGGGGCAUCUGGGCAUUCAUCCUCGGUGGUGCCUUAGGGCCCAUCCAGAGUGUAUUCCCUCUCUUUGUUGUCAUGUACGGCAUCUUCCAGGCCUUAGGUGAGAUGGGACCCGGCGUGUCUACAUUUCUCUGUGCCGCGGAAUCUUUCCCUACUCCCCUGCGUGGCCACUUUCUGGGGUUUGCUGCUGCUGUGGGCAAAGCGGGUGCUUCUAUCGGCACUGAAGUCUUCACUCCUAUCCAAAGCUCCUUCUCAUCCACCGAAAAGGGCCAACAAGCUGUAUUUCUUAUUGGAGCAGCUUUUUGCAUGGUUGGUGGUCUCAUUGCAUGGGCCCUGAUACCCGAUAUGUCUCGAGAGCUUGAGACCGAAGACGCCCGGUUCAAGGCGUAUUUGGAAGCGCAUGGAUAUGAUAUUAGUCUCUAUGGAGAGGCUCUGGUGGUCAGCCAGCGUGUCUAG